AUGAGAGCUCCGGAUAUUUCUACCCCACGAAAGCAAUCGGGCAAAGGCGGCUACAUCUUCAUAUCGGUGCCUGUGCAACAUACAGGGACAUCCAAAACGACCUGUUCAACAGAACUCCUGCAAAGGAUGUCUCCGAAGAAGCAAGAUAUGAAGGGCAAAGGCAAAGUAGAUAGAAAUCAGAAGAAGCUAGACUUAGCAACCACACGCCACCAAGAGUUCGUCGCGCACGCUCACUCUGAGGCUCAGGUCGACGAUGAUAUUGCUCAAGAAGCUAUUUCUUCAAUAGCACAAGCUUUAAAAGAAGCAGUGGAGCACCCGCAACGGAUACCGUCGCUGGCCGCGCAAUCAAUCCCUGGUUAUGAUGGGAGUGGAUCCGUCUAA